AUGUGGAAGGACAGACAGGCUCUGCAAUGUCUGAUUUCAGUUCUUCUUGCCUUCCUGGCCUCUGCUUCCUUAUCACCUGGACAACCGAAGUAUAUGGUGCUGGUCCCUUCCCAGCUCUACACUGAGACCCCUGAGAAAAUCUGCUUCCAUCUAUAUGAUCUGAAUGAGACAGUGACUGUCAGGGCCUCCUUGCAGUCUAGCUGGGGAACCAGAAGUCUGUCCAAUGAGUUUGUGGUUGACAAGGACAUGUUCCACUGUGACUCCUUCACUCUCCCCAGAGUCUCAGCUUCAGAUGAGAAAGUGUCCCUCUCUGUCCACAUCAAAGGACCGACACAUGAAUUCAACAAAAAGAGUACGGUGCUAGUGAAGAACAAAGAAAGUGUUGUCUUUGUCCAGACAGACAAACCCGUGUACAAACCAGGACAGUCAGUCAAGUUUCGGGUUGUCUCUAUGGAUAAAAACCUACGCCCCCUGAAUGAGUUGUUUCCUCUGGCUUACAUUGAGGAUCCAAAGACGAAUCGAAUUAUGCAGUGGCGGGAUGUUAAUACAGAGCAUGGGUUUAAGCAGCUGUCCUUCAGCCUGUCAUCAGAGCCUAUUCAGGGCUCCUACAAGAUAGUGAUAGUGAAACAAUCAGGAGUGAAGAAAGAACACUCCUUCACCGUGGAGGAAUUUGUGCUUCCCAGGUUUGAAGUUCAAGUAAAGGUCCCAAAGGUCAUCUCUGUGCAAGAUGAAAAAGUAAACGUGACUGUGUGUGGAGUAUAUACCUAUGGGAAGCCUGUACCAGGACAGGUAAAGAUGCAUAUAUGCUCUGAGAGUCCUACAUCUUGCAGACAACAGGAACUAGACCACAAUGGCUGCACCACACAAGAAGAAAACAUCCCUGUGUUUCCUUUAAGGAAAAGACAUGAAGCCUAUCGUCUCUUUGUGAUGGCAAGGAUUAUAGAAGAAGGGACAGGAUUUGAGUCCACGGGAUCUGGGACAACUAAAAUUGAAAGAACCACAACCAAACUCAUAUUUGUGAAAGCAGAUUCACACUUUAAACGUGGGAUUCCAUUCAUAGUGAAAGUCCGCCUAGUGGAUAUCAAAGGAGCUCCCAUGCCAAAUGAGCAAGUCUUCAUCAAAGCACAUGAACUUGACUAUACCAAUGUUACUACCUCUGAUCAGCAUGGCCUGUCGGAGUUCUCAAUCAACACCACCAACAUUGAGGGGUCUUCCCUCACUAUCAAAGUCUACCACAAGGACAAAAAUUCAUGCAUCCAUCACCCUUGUACAGCAGAAGAGCACGCAGAGAUAUAUCAUGUGGCUCACAGUGUGUACUCCUUCAGCAGGAGCUAUGUCCACCUGGAAACAGAGGCUGGGGUCUUGCCCUGCAGUCAGAAUCAUACAGUUCCGGCACAUUUUAUUCUGAAGGGUCCGGUCUUGAGAGUGAAGGGAGAGCUUAUCUUCUAUUACCUGGUCAUGGCCAAGGGCAGCAUUAUCCAGACUGGAAGCCACACUCACCACAUGGAGCCAGGAGAAUUUCCAGUGAAAGGCGACUUUGCCCUGGAGAUCCCCGUGGACUUGAGCAUGGCUCCUGAGGCUAAAGUACUCGUCUACACCAUCCUGCCUGAUGGAGAAAUGAUUGCAGAUUCUGCAAAAUUUGAAGUUGAAAAGUGUCUUCUCAACAAAGUGGACCUGACCUUCACCCCAGCCCAAAGUCUUCCUGCCUCACAGGCCCAUCUGCGUGUUACAGCUUCUCCUCAGUCCCUCUGUGGCCUAAGAGCCGUGGACCAAAGCAUGCUGCUCCUGAGGCCUGAAGCUGAGGUUUCCCCUUCCUGGAUAUACAAUCUGCCAGAUAUGCAGCCCAGCGACUCCAUCCCAGGUUCGUACCAAUUAUUUGAAGAUGAACAAAUGUGUUGGUGGGGUGGAGAUGAGGAUGGACUCCCACCCUUACGACCAAAUGAGAGAGAUGUCCACAGUUACGUGGAGGACAUGGGCUUAAAGGCAUUCACCAACUUGAAGAUCAAACAUCCUAGACUAUGUGUUUUAUAUGGUAGAUAUCCUCCAAUAGCAGUGCCUUUUAAGACAUCUGAUGAUGGGACUAACAGAGGACAUGAAGAAAUCAUGAACAUACCAACAGUUGAAUAUGCACCACCAAGGAAAGAUCCACCACGUGAAGAUCCACCUACUGAGACCAUUAGAAAAUACUUCCCUGAAACCUGGAUCUGGGAUUUAGUCACAGUAAACUCCUCAGGAGUAGCUGAAGUGGAAGUGACAGUCCCUGACACCAUCACUGAGUGGAAGGCCGGAGCCCUCUGCCUGUCCAGUGACACUGGACUUGGCCUCUCUCCUUCGGUAUCUCUCCAAGCCUUCCAGCCCUUCUUUGUGGAGCUCACGAUGCCCUACUCUGUGAUCCGUGGAGAAGCCUUCACACUCAAGGCCACCGUGCUGAACUACCUCCCUACAUGCAUCCGGGUCGGUGUGCUGCUGGAAGACUCCCCUGAUUUCACAGCUGUCCCAGUGGCAAAAGACGAAGAUUCUUACUGCCUCUGUGCCAACGGGAGGCACACCACAUCCUGGUUGGUAACUCCCAAAUCAUUAGGGAAUGUGAAUUUCUCCGUGACUGCAGAAGCACAACAGUCCCCAGAGCCUUGUGGUUCUGAGGUGGCCACAGUUCCUGAAACUGGGAAGAAGGACACAGUUGUCAAAGUCCUGAUAGUGGAGCCUGAAGGAAUUAAGAAAGAACACACCUUCAGUUCACUGCUCUGUGCCUCAGAUGCAGGCAUAUCUGAAAAAUUGUCGCUGAUGCUCCCACCAGCAGUAGUGAAAGAUUCAGCCAGAGCCCAUUUCUCUGUGUUGGGUGAUAUCUUGAGUUCAGCCAUAAAAAACACACAAAAUCUUCUUGCAAUGCCCUUUGGCUGUGGGGAGCAGAACAUGGUGCUUUUUGCUCCUAACAUCUACGUACUGAAAUAUCUGAAUGAGACCCAACAGCUGACUGAGAAGAUCAAGUCAGAGGCCAUUGGUUACCUCAAUGCUGGCUAUCAGAGGGAGCUGAACUACAAACACAAGGAUGGCUCCUACAGCGCCUUCGGGGAUCAGGGCAGCCAGAGUCAAGGAAGCACUUGGCUCACAGCCUUUGUGCUCAAGUCUUUUGCCCAAGCUCGAGCCUUCAUCUUCAUCGAUGAAACACACAUCACCCACGCCUUCACCUGGCUCUCCCAGCAGCAGCAGGACAAUGGCUGUUUCAGGAGCUCUGGAUCGCUGUUCAACAAUGCCAUGAAGGGUGGAGUAGAAGACGAAGUUACUCUCUCAGCCUAUAUAACCAUUGCCCUUCUGGAGAGUUCACUUCCAGACACACAACCUGUUGUCUCCAAAGCGCUGACCUGCCUAGAGUCAUCCUGGAAGACAAUACAGCACAGGGGAAAUGGCAACUUUGUUUACACCAAGGCUCUGCUGGCCUAUGCUUUCGCUCUGGCAGGGAACCAGGACAAGAGAAAUGAAAUCCUAAAAUCACUUGAUACUGAAGCUGUAAAAGAAGACAACUCCGUCCAUUGGGAAAGACCUCAGAAACCCAGGAAAUCAGAGAGGUAUCUGUACAAACCACAGGCUCCCUCUGCUGAAGUGGAGAUGAAUGCCUAUGUCCUCCUCACUCUCCUCACUGUCCAGCCAGCCCCAACCCCUGAGGACCUGGCUUUGGCAGUGCGCAUCGUGAAGUGGAUCACAAAGCAGCAGAAUUCCCAUGGCGGCUUCUCUUCCACACAGGACACUGUGGUGGCCCUCCAUGCUUUGUCCAAGUAUGGAGCAAUUACUUUUGCUAGAAGUCAGAAAACUCCUCUGGUGACGAUCCAGACUUCAGGGUCAUUUUCUAGAGAGUUCCAAAUAGACAACAGCAAUCGCCUGUUGCUACAGCAGGUCCCACUACCAGACAUCCCUGGGGACUAUGACAUCAAUGUGUCAGGGGAAGGAUGUGUGUAUGCUCAGACAACGCUAAGAUACAACGUGCACUUGGAGAAACAGGAGUCUGCGUUCACUCUGCGGGUACAGACAGUACCUCUGACUUGUGAUAACCCCAAAGGCCACAACAGCUUCCAGAUCUCACUAGAAAUCAGUUAUACAGGGAGCCGUCCAGCCUCCAACAUGGUGAUUGUUGAUGUGAAGAUGGUAUCUGGUUUCAUUCCAUUGAAAUCAACAGUGAAAAGGCUUGAAAGAUCAAAGCAUGUGAGCAGAACAGAAGUGAGCAACAACAAUGUUUUAUUUUAUGUGGAUCAGGUGACCAAUCAGACACUGGCCUUUUCCUUCGUCAUUCAACAAGACAUCCCAGUGAGGAACCUGCAGCCUGCCAUUGUGAAAGUCUAUGACUACUACGAGACAGAUGAAAUGGUUUUUGCUGAAUACAGCGCCCCCUGCAGCUCAGCUACCAAAGCUGCAGGGCAGACUCAUGUGGACAGAGGGACUAAACUCCAUACUGGAACAGUGGUCCAGCCCAUGACAUUGCUGGACAGGAGUCAGGCCCCGUAG